AUGGCCAAACAAAGCACAUAAGAAUAGGAAUAAACCAAUAAAUAACUAAGAUAACGGGAUUUCGGUGAAAAUGAAUAGUAUAGUGACUAGAGUAUAUAUGGAGAUGAAGUAGUGUAAUAAUUUAAUGGAAAUACAAUUAAAAUAGAAGGAUUUUUUUUCAAUGAUAUCUAUAAUGAGAAGUCCAUUCAAUGGACGAUAAUAACUUAAAAAUUCUUGAAUGAUCAUUUAGGUUAUGGAAGAGUUAAGAGAGAGUAAAUUGAAUUACCUAUUGAAGUUCUCUACGUCAAUAGUACUAAUAUACUAGGUCAAAAUUCUAGUAUUAUGGAGAUGCACAUACCCUAUUAUUAGAUAGUGAAGAAUGUUAAUCACAUCGUGUAAGCCCAUAACUAAAAUAAGUAAACUGAAAGUAGGUUCCGCUAUUUCUUGAUAAUAGGAUAGAGUAACGAAGAGUUUGAUGAGAUAAUAGAUGCAUUAAAUCCAACAGAGUGUACGUCCUUCCCUAAUUGCUCUAGGCAACAUGGGUAUGGGGUUUUCGUUAAUGAUGAAUGUUUAGUCCAAAUACAAGUUGUCUGCUCCAAAAUUGACCAUAAUGUCUUAAUUCCAAAAGGGGUUUGA